CGGUCACACUGUAUAUAAGAGUACCAACAAAAAGGAGUGUAAAGUAAUAUACAUACAUACUAUUUACUAUUGUUGACAGCAAUAAUGGAACUAGAAUUCUUGUAAUUAUUUUUUAAAAAAUAUUGACAUAAAAAAAGUGCUUAUAUUAAAUAAGACAUAAGUAAAAAAAUACAAAAAAGGAUAUGGCAGAUUUGGAAGCGGUAUUAGCUGAUGUCAGCUAUCUAAUGGCAAUGGAAAAGUCAAAGUGUACUCCUGCUGCAAGGGCAAGCAAGAAAUUAAUUUUACCCGACCCCAGCGUUAGAAGUGUAAUGCAUAAGUAUUUGGAAAAGGAAAGCGAACUUAAUUUUCAUAAAAUAUUCAACGAAGUAUUAGGUUACUUGCUGUUUAAAGACUUUUGCGAAUACGAUUCAGAUGAACCUAUACAGCAACUCAAAUUUUUUGAACAGAUAAAAAUAUUUGAAAAAACAGAAUGUUACGAAGAAAGAAAAAAAAUGGCGAGGGAAAUUUAUGAUAAUUUUAUAAUGGAGGAAAUGCUGUCACACACCUAUGAGUACUCAAAAAAUGCUGUUGCAAGUGUUCAGAAGUAUUUAUUAAAAAAUGAAGUUCCGGUUAACUUAUUUGAGCCAUACAUGGAAGAAAUAUUCACACAACUUAAAGGAAGGCCGUUUAAAAAAUUUUUAGAGAGCGAUAAAUUUACCAGGUUUUGCCAGUGGAAAAAUUUGGAACUAAACUUACAACUAACUAUGAAUGAUUUCAGCGUACAUAGGAUAAUUGGACGCGGAGGUUUUGGAGAAGUUUAUGGUUGCCGAAAAGCAGACACUGGAAAAAUGUAUGCUAUGAAAUGCCUAGAUAAAAAAAGAAUUAAAAUGAAACAAGGAGAAAUGCUAGCAUUAAACGAAAGAAACAUGUUACAUGCAGUCAGCACUGGAGUUGAUUGUCCGUUUAUAGUUUGCAUGACGUAUGCCUUUCAUACUCCAGAUAAACUUUGUUUUAUAUUAGACCUAAUGAACGGAGGAGACCUGCAUUACCAUUUAUCUCAGCAUGGAAUUUUCAGUGAAGACGAAAUGAAAUUUUACGCAGCUGAGGUUAUUUUGGGCCUAGAGCACAUGCAUAAACGUUGCAUUGUGUAUCGUGACUUAAAACCCGCUAAUAUAUUGCUCGAUGAAAAUGGACACAUACGAAUUUCUGAUUUGGGAUUGGCUUGCGACUUUUCGAAAAAGAAGCCGCAUGCAUCAGUUGGAACCCAUGGAUAUAUGGCCCCAGAAGUAUUAUCUAAAGGAACAUCGUACGAUUCUUGUGCUGAUUGGUUCAGUUUUGGCUGCAUGUUAUAUAAGUUGCUUAAAGGUCAUUCUCCAUUCCGACAGCAUAAAACAAAGGAUAAGCAGGAAAUAGACAAAAUGACUUUAACUAUGACGUAUCCUGCUUCUACACAAGGAAUCCCAAUUUUACCGGAUUUAUGUUCGUCAGCUUCACAAACGUACUACAGUGUAGGAUUUAAGAACGUAGAGCUUCCAGAAUCAUUUUCUUUGGAAUUAAGGAAUUUGUUGGAAAUGUUACUUCAAAGGGACGUCCACAAAAGGCUUGGUUGCAUGGGAAACGGUGCGGAUGAAGUAAAAAUGCAUCAUUUCUUUUGUGGUAUCGACUGGUACCAAGUUUACAUACAAAAAUAUACUCCACCUUUAGUACCCCCUAGAGGAGAAGUAAAUGCUGCUGAUGCUUUUGAUAUCGGAUCGUUUGAUGAAGAAGACACGAAGGGAAUAAAACUAAACGACGCGGAUCAGGAUCUGUACAAGAUGUUUUCGUUGACGAUAUCUGAAAGGUGGCAACAGGAAGUUUCUGAAACAGUAUUUGAAACUGUCAAUUCUGAAACUGACAGAAUUGAACAAAAAAGAAAAUCAAAGCAAAAACAACACUUCGAUACCGAUGAAAAAGAAUCGGAUUGCAUUUUACAUGGGUACAUAAAAAAACUUGGAGGAUCUUUUGCGUCUUUAUGGCAGACGAAAUAUGCCAAGCUAUAUCCAAAUAGGCUUGAGCUACAUUCGGAAAGUGGAAAUACCAAACCAGAAUUGAUAUUUAUGGACCAAGUAGAAGAUAUCUCAUCCGAUUUUGUUCUACACAAAAAUGAGAAUUGUAUUCAAAUACGAAUUAAUGAUGGAAGUCGAGAUGGCAGAAUUAUAUUGACAAACUCAGAUGAAAUAGGAUUAAAGGAAUGGGCAUCAUCUCUGAGAUCAGCACACAAAAUUUCCCAAGACCUUUUGGGAUCGAUGGCUAAAAAGGCUGGCAAAAUUUAUGGCAGUGAAAGAGAUGGCAACAAAUCAUUGUAUAUUCUUGGUGGAAACUGUUCAACGAAAACUUCUAAUGGGUCUAAUUAAAAUAUUAUUUUAUUACAACGUGUGUUAUGCAAAAUGUAAAGAAACCAAAGUCGGAUAGAUAUACUUUCUAUUGUUUAUCCAAGCCUAACAGCAUAAGCUUUGGUAUUUGCGGUAAGAUAAAUUUCGGAAGAGCACAAUUUUCAUAUUUUGUUGUAUUUGUUGUUGUUGUUGUAUUUGUGUACAACUUAAAAACAGGUCAAACAACUUGAAUACGCGUUACACAAACAUUUUGCUCUACGCGUUAUCUUAAGCUCGUUUUUGAUUAAUCAUCCCAACAUGCAAAUAAAAAAAGGUAUGCGCAUAAACAUAUUAAAGUCAGAGAAAUAUUCGAAAAACUACUUUUUUUUACCGCAUUUUAAAAUUAUAUACGAUGGUUGCUAUAUAUUAAAUAGAAACACCCCUGAACGGUGUAAAACUCUAGUGACGUUCGCACCCACAUCAAACAAAAGUUCUGACUUCAUUUUCUUGCCGGGGAAUGCCGUCUACAGUGAUAUAUUUUUUGCAUAAUAAUAAAAAUACGAAUAUUUGUCAUGAAAAACAAUUUUAGUUAGCAAGAUACAUUUAUACAUACCAUUGAACGCUUUAAAAGCAUCUUCUGGCGAUACUAAUCUUAAUAAUAAUCUUAAUACUAAAUAACGUCAUUUGAAAAACUGUUACUUUAUUUUUUAAAUGUCUUUGCACCAAUCCUUUUGUAAGGCAAUUGCCAAAUUUUACGUGGUCCAAUGAAAACAAUCCUUUUUUACUACCAAGUGUUUAUGAAAAAUUAAAUGUAUGCGGGCGGAAUAAAUGUCCUGGGAUAACUUUAUUUCACUGUAAGUCAAUUGCCGAUAUUGCAUUAUCAGUUCACACACAGUAUUAAUUUUCUCUGGCGCAACGACUAUUUUUUGCAGUGACCGCAGCCAGACAUUAAAUAGUAGCUCCGGUAAAACAAUUUCCUUUUGCCAUUUUUUAAACACUAGCCCUAUUUUUAAAGCCAUUCAUCCGAUUUCUGUAAAAUUUUUUAAGCUGUUAUUACUUUCUUCCCAGUGUCAAGCCAAAAUUAUUGUUUAUUUAAUAAAUUCCACAUACUGUACAAGAAACACCAUCACUUUUCAAGAAAUCAAAAUAAAUCAUGUUUGUUAUAGGCGUAAUAAAGUUGUUUGACCAAUCCCGAAAAUAUAAAUUUAUCUUAACACAGAUACCAGAGCUGACGGACUAGAGGUCAGAAAAAAAGUACCGAAAUAAAGUGUUUUCAGGCUUAUAAAUCUAAACAAAGAAAA